GUGUUAGCUAAUGGAUGAGUUGGAUCAAGAUGUUCAGUUCUUAAAUCUUGGUGAAACAACGAAGACUACAGAGCUUUGAUUCAACGACUCAAAUUUUUAAAAAAUUCAUCAAGUUGAUUUUUAAAUAUUAUUGAUUAAUUAAAGUUGAUGUGUUAUUGUUCUACAAAAUAAUAAAUAAUAAAAAAAUAUAUAAAAAAUGGCAAUAAAAUUGUGGAUCAUUACAAUAUUUUUACUUCAAAUAUUUGAUUUAAAUAUUCAACAAAUUGAAUCAAGAGAAAUAACACAUGAAGAUAUUAAAGAUGCAAUGCUGAGUCUUGUACACAUGAUGCGAGAAAAUACAGAAAAAUUAGAACGACAUGAAGUACGAGAACGUCAACUUGGUGAACAACUUAAAAAAGCUUUAAGUUUAUUGGGAAAAAAAGUAUCAACAAUUGAUGGAUUUAAGACAAAUUUAAAUAAACUCGAAGAAAAAAUUAGUGGAGUUGAACAACUUAUUUCUCAGAAAGAUGAACGUGAGAGAAUACAAAUACAAAAAACAUCAAACACAGUGGAUUUAUUAUCAAGUCGUUUGGAAGGUUGGUUUAAUGAUAUGGAUCGUAAAUUAAAUGAAAUUAAAACAAAAGAAUCAACAACUACAACAACAGUUGCACCUCCAGUUGUUGAUUAUUCAUCUGAUAUUAUUUUAAAAUUAAAUGAAACUGAAUCAUCACUUGGUAGUCAAAUUUCACAUCUUGAAAUUGGACUUGAUGUUAUUACAAAAAAACUUAAAGAAAGUAAUAAUAAUGAAACUGAAAAAAUUAAUCUUGUAUCAACUGAGAUGAAAACAAUUGGAUCAAAAAUUGUUGAUAUCGAGGCAUCACUUGAAGUACUCAAAAAAAAUACACAAAUAAUUCAUGAUAAUAUUAAUAAACCAAGUGACUCACCAAAUUUAGCUAUUGAAGAACAAACACGAGCACUUGAAAGACUUAAAAAUAUUGUUGAAGAUACUUCAGAUCGUAUACAAAAAAUUCCACUAAUAUCGGAAGUUAAAGCACUUCAUAAUGAAACUAAAACAGCAUUGAAUGAAGCUAAACAUGCACUGGAAGAUGUUAUUAUUGAAAAGACAAAUGUACUUGAUAAUAAAGCCAAAGAAAAUCGUGAAGAAUCACAAGAUUCAAUUCGUCAAUUGAGACUAGAUUUGGCAAAUAAUGCUGAACGAGUUAAUCAAGAACUUCGUGAUUUAGAAAAAGGACAAUCAGUUAUGGUAUCAAUGGCAGAUCAUGUUUUAGAUACUAAAAAAAGAGUUGAAUAUGGAGUACAUCAAAUUCUCUUGGAAGUUGGUGAUUUAGUUAAAACACAGGGUAUUAAUAUUAAUGAUACACUUAGUACAAGAUUUGAUGGAAUAUCAAAUGACAUUAUGGACAAUCAAAAUGGUGCUGUUGCUAAUUUAACAAGUAAAAUGGAACAAGAAAUGAAUCAGAUAUGGAGACAAAUAAAUGUGAUGUAUCAACAAAUGACUGAAAGUGCAAGAGCAUUAGAAAAACUUCAUAAACAAAAUGAAGUUUAUGUUAAUGGAACAACCACAACAAUGGGUGGAAUGGAAAACAAGGUUGGAGAAAUAACAAAAAGAAUGGCUGAAGUUGAUGAAAAUUUAAAUUAUCUUUUGGGGAGAUUGUCACUUGUUACUCAUGAAUUUAAUGAAAUAAAAAGUGGUCUUGGUACUGCUUUGGAUAAUAUCAAAGAAUCAUUUAAAGAAGUACAAGAAAAAGCUAAUGAUUUUAAAAAACCAGGACCACAUCCUGUACCCGAUAAUUACAAAGAACUUGAUUUACCAAAAUCAAAUGAAAUUAUAAAUCAUACAUAAUUAAUACGUAUUUAAUGAAGUUUCAAUAUUAAUUACUUUUUUAAAUAUAAAAAAAAAUUAUCAACAUUAUAUUUUAAUAUUAAUUAUAAAUGUUAUUUUAAAUAAUACUUACUGUCAUCUCAUUUGCAAAAUGUAAAAAUGCAUUUUAAUAAAAAAUAGUAUAUUACUAUGAUAUUUCUGAAAAAUAAAUAUAC